CAACGCCGGACAUGAUUAGGUCCAGCUGCUGAGAGCACGUCAUGUGGCGCACGGGGAAGCACUGUGAGAAACGGACGUCGUAAAUGUGAAGCAUGGGCUCCACGGAACCACCGUCAUGGCCAGAUCAGCAAACAGAGGCGCGAGGGACGGAGAUUCGCGCGUGACCGCUGCCACGGACCGCGGGGAGGUGCGGGACUUAUCCGAGCCCCGGGAGCUGUCUCUGGAGGAGGUGCUGAAGUCCUACGAGCAGCCCAUCAACGAGGAGCAGGCAUGGGCGGUGUGCUACCAGUGCUGCAGGGGGCUCCGGGUCCCCCACCCUCCGCCGGGGAGAGCGGACCGGGUGAAGGACCCGUCCUCCCUGCUCCUGUACCGGGACGGAACGGUGGCUCUGAGGCCGAACGAUGUCGCUGACAAACCGCCUUUUCCACCCACUGCAGAGUGUGAGCUGGUCCAGUCCCUUGGUGUGGUCAUCUACCAAGCUCUGGACUGGGGACUCGACGACAGCGAGGAGAGGGAGCUCAGCCCACAGCUGGAGCGCCUCAUUGAGAAAAUGGUUGCUGGGGUCCAGGAGGAAGGGGUCCGUAGCACGACCAAGAACAGCACAUCGGAUGAGGGGUACAGUGGACAGGAGGAGGAAGAAGAGGAGCAGCAGCAGGAGGGAACUACAAGACCAGUGUGUACAUUCCGCCAGGUGAUGGCGCUGUGCGCAUCUCGCCUCGCCAACCCCAGUGUGGCCCCCGAGCACUACCAGGCCGUCUGCAGGGCUCUGUUUGUAGAGACUCUGGAGCUGCAGACCUUCCUCACCAAGAUCAGAGAUGCAAAGGAGUUGCUGAAAAAGAUUUCAACCGAGGAAUCUCCUGGGGACAGAUCUGCAGCCGAGCUGGACGCGCUGAAACACACAGACUGGGCUCGCCUGUGGGUGCAGCUGAUGAAGGAGCUCCGGCAGGGAGUGAAGCUGAAGAAGGUGCAGGAGCAGCCGUUCGACCCGCUGCCCACCGAGUUCAGCCUCACGCCCUUCGAGAUGCUGAUGCAGGAUAUUCGAGCUCGCAACUUCCAGCUCCGCAAAGUCAUGGUUGACGGUGACAUUCCUACCAGAGUGAAGAGAAAUGCUCAUGAACUCAUCCUGGACUUCAUCAGAUCUAGACCUCCACUCAAACCAGUGUCAGAGCGCAGCCUCCCCCCUCCGCCCCCGCAGCAGCAGUGCCUUCAUGACCGGGUUCUGGCAGAGAUCAAGCAGGAGAGGAAGCUCAGACCUGUGGGUCAACACCACACCAAAUCGUUUGGCUCUCUGCCGUGUUUGGCUCAAUCGCGUCCUUGCGACGUUAAAUCUACGUCUUGCAUCGACCUGUCCGCGUCUGGACUCGGGCCUCGGCCUCCGACCCGUCCUCGAGUGCUGCUCAAGGCCCCGACGCUGGCAGAAAUGGAGGAGAUGAACAUCUCUGAGGAGGAGGAUUCUCCAGACGGCAGAGAGCUGAGAAGAACAGAGAGUUCCCCCGCUCCCAUGAAGAGGGAUCGCUCCUUCUCAGAGCAGGACCUGGCUUUUCUGCGUGGAGAGUCCCAGUCCACCCAGCUGGGGGAGCCGGUCAGGCUGCGGGACAUGAGGCCUCGAUCCCGGACGCUGACCGGCGCCGGACCUCCUCCCCAUCACAGAGCCUCAUUCCCCGCCUACGGCUUGGGGCCUCCCUCGCCCGGCCGCCUGUCUCUGAGUUCAGUUGACGAGGCCACAGAGGGACCGGGGACGACACCGGACUCCGGAGAUGAGCACCAGUGGAUGGAUGAGUUCAGUCAUCCUGUGGAGAGUCUGGCCCUAACGGUGGAUGAGGUCAUCAAUGUGCGCCGAGUGCUGGUCAAAGCCGAGAUGGAGAAGUUUCUUCAGAGCAAGGAGCUCUACAACAACCUGAAGAGAGGGAAGGUCUGCUGCUGCUGCAAAGUCAAAUUUCCUCUCUUCUCGUGGCCAUCUACAUGUUUACUGUGCAGAAGGUCCGUCUGUAGCUCCUGCAGUGCAAAGAUGAAGAUUCCCUCCAAGAAAAUGGCUCAUAUUCCUGUGUACACUGUGGGCUUCCAAAGCCCUCCAAAGAAAACUGGACUCCAAAACCAGGUCUACAAAUCUCUGAGAACUCUGUCCCGUCACUCCGUGGAGACGGAGUUCCCUCACCUGUAUGCUCAUGGCUGCACGCUGCGUGACGUCUGCGCAGAAUGCACCAAAUUCGUGGCUGACAUCAUUUCCUCCAGCCGCCGGAGCGUGGACAUCCUAUACAACACUCCCAAGAAGGAGGCCAAAGCUGCUGCUGCUGCCGCCGCUCAGAGGCCACAGCUGCAGCGUCAGUCCCACCUCGAGGCUUUUCCCCAACCAAACCCCCAACUUCCUCCACAACCCCAAUGACAGCAGCUCCACCCAUCCAGAGGACUCCUGCUCCGACCCCCACAUGGUGCACCCACCACCAAACCAGGUCUUCCAAGACCUGCAGCGCGCUCGGCACAGCUGCAGACCAGAACAAUCUGCCUGGGUUAAUAAAACAUAAAGAAUGUAGAAUCAGAGCGGUGCUUUCUAGUUGAAAUGCAGCCUCUAAUAAUAACUGGGCUACGAUGAUGCAUCUACCAGAAUUUUUUUAAAGAACUGUUUUACCCUUUUUAGCCAGAAUCUAGAGACUUUAAGCCAUGACUGCUUCACACAACUGCAUCACUUUUCCAUCACCCACCCCCACAGACACACACACACACACACAAAAACACACACUUCUGCACUAAUGCACAGAGCUCACCUGACACAGUGUGAUGGUGUGAGCAGCUGGGCGGCGCUAUCAGAGGCCGAUCAGGAAGGGGACGCAAAGGUUUUAGCGUUUUAGCUCUGCUGCCUUGUUUCGGCAUGAAUGUAACUUUAACAGAAAUGUAAAAUUAAAGGCUUAUGAUAAAAAU